UAUAUAUAGGGAAGAGAAGAAGAAUCCGGUGGAAGGGACCCAUUUCAUCACCAGAUUCUUGUCAACGUCUCUACCCUUUUUCCUACAACACAAAAGAAGAAAUGAAUAUCCCACCAGUUUCUUGAAUCCCUCAAGUAUCUCUCUCUCUCUCUUUUUUAUCACGUUGUUUGAUCAACUUUCUUGUCAAGAGCCUUUUCAUACGAGAAUCAAACAAGAUGUUCAAUUCUUCUCCAACAACAUAUUCAUUCGGAUUCGGCCAAUCGGCAAGUGCUGCCAGCCCUUUUGGGUGUCAAUCAGGUUUUGGGGCAAACACGGACUUAAGCAAUUCGAACCCUUUUGCGCCAAGUGGUGCAACUCCUUUCGCUGCAUCAACAGGGGCAACCAUGUUUGCUGGAAAUUCGACGACAGGGGCAGGUGCAUUCAGCCAGCCUGCUAUUAGCAGCACCCCAUUUGGGUCUGCUUCAGUAUUUGGGCAAACCACAGGAUCAUAUGCUACUGCAACUGCUUGUGUUAGCGCAUCAACAGGGCUAGCUACGCCGUCCGCAAAUUCAGCAGGAUUCGGCCAGUGGACCAACAGCAGCACUUAUGGGUCUCAAUCAGUAUUUAGGCAGGGUAGCAACUCAAGCAACAAUAACUUUUUUGGCACUGCUGCAACCCCUUUUGCUACAUCAACAGGGGGAAGCAUGUUUUCUGGGAAUUCAACCGGUGCAUUUGGAGCAUCAUCCUUUGCUUUUGGAAGUUCAGCAUCAUCCACAACUGCUCCUUUCUCAACCACCUUUGAAACUUCAGCCUUGCCUUCUACAGUUUUUAGCCAGGCGCCUAGCAGUGCACCUGUAGUAUCUCAAUCAGCAUUUGGGGAAGUCAACAAGUUUGACGUUAACAAUUCUUUUUCCUCCAAACCAGUCACAGCAACUCCUUUUGGUAGCAUCAGUGGAGGAGCAAUAUUUGGUGGAAAUUCAACAUCCAAAUCACCAUUUGGAGUAACUUCAUCGCCUUCAACAUCCAAAUCACCAUUUGGUGAACCAUUACCAUUUUCUUUUGGAAUCUUGUCAACUACAACACGAGCACCUAUCUUCAACAACACUGGAAGUUUGAUUCAACCUUCUCAAUCUAAAUCAACUAACCAUGCCUUUUAUUCAUCAAGUCAAUCUGUUUUUGGGAGCAGCGGUGUGCUGGCAUCUGGCACAAGUACUUCGGUUUAUUCUGGCUUUCAACAUGGUGGCUCUUGCUCAAGGCCACCAUUUAGCUCUACUGGCCUUGCUUUUAGUUCAAAUGGUGCACCUAACAACUUUAACUCUGUAUCUCGGGGCGCAAUUGGAUCUUCCACCACUCCCAUAACUGGAGCCCCUAGCAACUUUAACACUGUAGCUUCAAACAACCCUGAACUGCAGAAUUCAAGGUUCACAUUUUGCCAGCCAAAUUCGCAAUUUAGUGAGCCAAAUUUACAAUUUGGUAGUAACAAUGGACCUACUGCUUGGGAAACAAAAAAGUUCUAUUCAGCAUAUCAACCGGCAAGUACAAGCAUGAAAUCUGGACAAUCAGUUAUGGAUUGCCAACGUUAUGGUAGUAAAAUAGCAUCUUCUGUUGCAACUAAGGAAGUGGAUAUAGGUAGUACUGAACCUGCUGGAAAAUUGUUCUCCAUCUCUGCCAUGCCCUUUUACAAAGACAAGAGCCAUGAAGAGCUGAGGUUCGAGGACUCUAAUCAAUUGUUAAGGAGUAAAGAUGCAGCUUCUGGAUUCAUCUUUCAGUCUAAUCAACCCUCAGCUGGCAAGACAAACGCUUUUUUAGGGCCUACUGCUGUCACUCCGCAUAGUCAACUAAAAACAUCAAGUGCAAUAUCAAUUGGAUCAGGACCUUGGACAGGCAAUUCAACUGGUUUUUCUUAUAUUGGUGACCAAUGUCGUGGAAGUAAAAUAGCAUCUUAUGUUGCAACUAGGGAAGUGGAUAUAGAUAGUAAAGAACCUCCUGGAAAAUUGUUUUCCAUCUCUGCCAUGCCCAUUUACAAAGUCAAGAGCCAUGAAGAGCUGAGGUUCAAGGACUCUCAUCAAUUCAUAGGGAGUAAAGAUGCAGCUUCUGGAUUCAUCUUUCAGUCUAAUCAACCCUCAGCUGGCAAGACAAAUGCUUUUUCUGGACCUACUGUUGUCAGUCUCGAUAGUCAACCAGAAUCAUUAAGUGCAAUAUCAACUGGGACAGGACUUUUGACGAGCAAUUCAAGUGAUUUCAUUUGGCCAAAUCAUGAACCAAUUACAACUCCACAGAUAACUCAAAUUGUUGUAGCAACAGAUGGCGCUUCCACUAGCAUCUCACAACAGUCAAUUUCCACUAUGGAUGCAGGAACUUGUCGUCAGAGUGGUGGCAUGCAGCAGUCUGAGUCUCAGAGCACCAUCGCUCUAGACCCAUCUGUUGUUGCAAGUCCUUUUGGAAUGGAGUCUAGAAUACAGAUGUCAAUGGGUGGUAGAGCAGCUACCACAACUGUUCAAUAUGGAAUUUCUUGCAUACCGGUAUCUGACAAACCUGCUCCAGUGAAAAGAAAUUCAUUGUUGACCACUAGAUGUUUGUCUCUAAGCCAAAACUGGCCAUCAGUUGAGAAGUACCGGCCUAAAAAUGACAGCCAGAAGGUUCCAUUUUAUGAAGAAAAAGUACCUGGGAUAUACAAAGUUGGCGCUUCCUUUAUUCCAAGGGAAAAUGCAAGAUCUUGGGUUCUAAACUCCAUGGUGGAGCGGCCUCUAAAAACAAAUUCACGGAAUUCCUCUUUACUGGAGGAGUCCGUAUCUGCAUCUGAGAGUGGAAAUUUUGAGGCUGAUGUUGAAGCAAUACUGCCAAAACUCCAAUGCCCAGAUUAUUAUAUAAAGCCUCCGGUCGAGGAGCUAGCUGCAAAAGAAAGGGCUGAACCAGGAUUCUGUCGCCGCGUGAAGGAAUUUGUGGUUGGAAGAGAGGGUUAUGGAAGCAUCAGGUUUUUAGGGGAAACAGAUGUGAGAAAUCUUGACGUUGAAUCUGUUAUCCAGCUUAACCAUCGAGAGGUGAUUGUAUACAGGGACACGACCAAGAAACCUCAAGUUGGACAAGGCCUCAACAAGCCUGCAGAGGUAUCUCUUCUCAAUGUCAAAUGCAUCAACAAACGUACUGGGAAGCAAUACGUGGAAGGAACAAGGGUUGAUAAGUGGACAGAUAUGCUGAAAACGAAGGCAGAAGAGCAAGGUGCUGAGUUUCUAUCUUAUAAUCCAGUAACUGGUGAGUGGAAAUUCAGGGUCCAACACUUCUAAGGUCAAAAGAUGGUGACCAGCAGCUGAUCACAAAACGGGGAGUCAGAGACGAGUCAGAGACGUUUGAGCCCAUAGUAUAGGACGUAAUGCCUUGAAUAGCUUGGCAUUUACCAUUUUCUGUAAAUCCUUUUCUGUUUUUCCCAUCUUUGGUAACAUGAUAUCUGCUGAUAUAUUAUUGCUGGUCUUCAAUUCGUUAUAACUUGACUGA